AACUUCUCGAGCGUCUCGGCCGAAACGGUGUUGGUCGCGCAGACGCGCGCCGCGGAUCUAGAGCGCAAUCAGAAUCGUGAAUCUGAUGAAAUCAUGUGGAUGCAACAAUUCUCACGCAAAGGAGGCAUGGUAUCGUCCUCAGCAACGUACUUUGCACGCCCACAUGAGCUUCCUUUCUUGGUCAUUCUUGCUCUAAAGAGUCUGCUGGACGGCAGCUGUCAAGAUGUUUCCGGCCAGGGCCCUCCUUGACGACAGCCCGAAAAGGGGCCGAGCUUCUCGAGCGACACGGGAGCCUCCCAGCUCAGCUGGACCUGCACCCGCCACUCCACCUGGCGCAGACAAACUCAAGAUCGGAUCUGGCACAUCAAAGAGCAUCUGGCAAAGCUAUCUCGCAUUGACUCCCAAAAGCAGACUCAUCUUUGGCGCUGGCUUGGCAGCGGUCGCCGUUGCGGGAUUGCUAGUCUCGGACGAGCUGGAGGAGCGCUUCCCAGCAACGGAGACUGAAAAGGACGGCCCAGGUCUAUUUCGCGUUACGAUGGUCGACGCGCAGAACCGCCGGUGAAGCGGCAUCUUACGACUGGUAGCAAGACGGAGCAAGCGCGAAUCGGAAACCUCACCGAUGGCAAGCUUAGUUGCUGCUUGGGUGCACGAGGUCGCAAUUCUUCGAUCGACAAGGCUGUCAGGCAAUGCUCCGGAAGCCGAAAUAGCAUCCUUUGCGUGUGGCACGAUCUUAUGUGAUGGCUUGCGAUGCGCCGGCAGACCGCGUGCUCUCGUUGCAUGAUAAGCAUCGAUCGCGGCCAAUGCUCAUCACCAU